AUUUACACCCCCUCCCACUCCAGGUCUAGGCAUAUCUCCUUGGAAGUAGCCUAGCCCCAGGUAAGUGUGUGUCCAGGGUGUGUUGAGAAGCAUGAGGAACAAGUGGAGACAGACUUGCGUGUUUGCAAACAUGCCUGUUACACCAGUCUGAGAAGGGCCAUUGGCUCAGUGGGUAGGACAUUGGCCUUGCAUGCAGAAGGUCCCAGGUUCAAUCUCUGGAAUCUCCAAGUAGGGCUGGGAACAUCCACUGCUUGAAACAACUGCCAGUCCUGAGGUAAAGGUAAAGGGACCCGACCAUUAGGUCCAGUCGUGACCGACUCUGGGGUUGCGCGCUUAUCCCGCAUUAUUGGCCGAGGGAGCCGGCGUAUAGCUUCCGGGUCAUGUGGCCAGCAUGACAAAGCCGCUUCUGGCAAACCAGAGCAGCACAUGGAAACGCUGUUUACCUUCCUGCUGUAGCGGUUCCUAUUUAUCUACUUGCAUUUUGACGUGCUUUCGAACUGCUAGGUUGGCAGGAGCUGGGACCAAGCAACGGGAGCUCACCCCGUCACAGGGAUUCAAACCGCCGACCUUCUGAUCAGCAAGCCCUAGGCUCUGUGGUUUAACCCACAGCGCCACCUGGGUGCCUAGUCCUGAGGUAGAUGGACCAAUAUUCUGACUUAGAACAAGGCAGCUUCCUAUUAGGGAGCAACAAUCGGGUAUGAUUACUGAGUGACCUGUCAGCAGGGAAACUGUGAUUUGCCAUGGCCUGAAUGCAUGAAAACGCCUUUUGUUAGCCCUGGGACCUGUGCCCAGUGCCAUUAUCCAGCAAGGAACAUGAGAUUCCCUCACUGGAAAAGAGUGCCUCUGAGCAUGUGUCAUGCACCAUAUACCUCUUACCCCUGAGCUCCUACAGAGCGACACACACACACACACACACGGAUGGCUAGCACAGCUGUGUCUAUCCCCCGACCCUCAGCACCUGCCACCUUAGGUGCCUGCCUCACUCUGCCCAAUGGCUGGACCAGCUCUCUGGUGGCCAGAUGCAAAAGCAGUCAGGCACCUCCUGCAUCUUUAAUUGCUGUAGAGCUGAGGGAAUUUUGGCAGGCAUGACUUGCAUGACAGAUUUCCUCUUCUUUACAACUAUGAAAGGUGCAAGAACACCACACAGCGAGAGACAGAGUGUGUCGUGUGUCUCCAUUUUCAAACAAAUGUAUUUGGAAUCUGGGAGAGGUCAGAUGAAAGGUUUUUCAAACCCAAACUGAGCCCUUCUGGCACUGGGCAUUAUAGCAGUGAAGCAGUUCUCUAGCAACUCCCAAGGUACACAAUGCCAUGACCUUGUUGAAGCUAAGCAGGUCUGGUUCUGGUCAGUACCCAGACAGAAAACUGUGUGGAACCAAACAUAUGCUGCCUUGAGUUCCAUGAAGGAGGAAUGGGCGGAUAUAAAUGUAAGAAAACGAAUAAAGUAUCCAGGUGAAUAGUCAUGUAGAAGAGGGAACCUACACCAUACAUGACAAGCUGCCCUCUUCAAUAAUAACAAUUAAAGGUGUAGGAGCCCCUUCUUCCUUUCCACCCAAGGCCUGGUCCUCCAGACUUUUCCUCCCUCUUCAGCUUUGUUCUAUUCCUGCAAAAUAACAAACUGGGUAUUUGCCUCCUGCUGAAGUUCAUGGCCAAAUAAUGCAAAUUAUUUCCCGAGCUAAUUUGCACCUCUGAGGACAAUUUGUUUAAAGAGCAUCCCACAGGGAAGCUGCAUGGAGAUGGGUGAGAGGUGCUUUGUUCCCCCAGUUUCACCUUGUAAGGGCUGCAACGCACCCAUGUCUGUCACCUGCCUCCUGCCAAUGUUUGCCUGGCCUUGCGGCUGCUCAAACAAGGCAGCUGGGCUAACUGCAAAUGAGAAGGCUGUGUGGAAAUGGGCAGCUGUGCAAGGCCUCUGACACAUUGCGCAUGUUGUGUGCCACUGCACAGACUGCCCCACAUCUGAGCCAGACAUGUGUGGAGCCAAACAGAACACCCUUGUCCAAUUAGCCAGUGGGAUCAGUGGCUGGUUCUUUACUAGGCUGUACAAUCUGUGUUACAUGAUAAAAAGCAGGGCUUUGACCAUCAGGUGCCCAAGGAGGGCUCCAGGCUGCAGCUCUUUUGUAGGAGGCAUUCAAGCCAGUGUGGCAUCAUGGUUAGAGCAUUGGACUAAGACCUGGGGGACCAGGGUUCAAAUCCCCCCAUGGUCAUGAAGCUCACUGGGUGACCCAGGGCCAGUUGCAUUCUCUCAGCCUAACCUACCUCAUAAAUACAGGUAGGUAGCUGUGUUGGUCUGCUGUAGUUAAAUCAAAAUAAAAAAAAAUUCCUUCCAGUAGCACCUUAGAGACCAACUAAGUUUGUUAUUGGUAUGAGCUUUCGUGUUCAUGCACACUUCUUCAGAUACCUCACAGAGUUGUUGUGGGGAUUAUAUGAGGAGGAGGAGAGCUAUGUACUCCUUGAGCUCCUUAGAGGAAAAGGUGGGAUAUACCGUAAAUACAAUACAAUACAAUACAAUACAAUACAAUACAAUACAAUACAAUACAUAAAUAAAUAAGCACUUUAGGUUUGCAUAAUGAAAGUGGAUCAAUGGGCUCUGUUGCCCUAGUGCAGGCAUAGGCAAACUCCGGCCCUCCAGAUGUUUGAGACUACAAUUCCCAUCAUCCCUAGCUAAUAGGACCAGUGGUCAGGGGUGGUGGGAAUUAUAGUCCCAAACAUCUGGAGGGCUGGAGUUUGCCUAUGCCUGCUGGUGCAAAUAAACCCCCCUUUUAAAAAGAAUCAGACUUUUCCAUUGUACCAGAGUGCAAUCGGCUAUCUUAGGUGGUGUGUGCAGGCCAGGCUGCAUGGUGCACACAAUUCUGCCCUCCAACAUCUCACCACUGCUCACUCCCCCAAGCUACCUGGGUGGCAUUGCAUCACAUGACCAGAACAAAACACACACAGAGGCAGUGCCUGCUGAAGUGCAUGUCCUCCUGGGCUGCCUCCUCGGCAAGGAAUGAUGCCAAUGGUAAUGCAUGGGAGAAAUUCAACCAGGCAAGAGAGUCAACAAGGCAGCAUGCCGGGGAAGAGGUUGACUAUUGCUGCUCUUCUGUCCUGCAGCAUCUGCCACUUGAGGUAGGUGCCUCCCUCUACCUAAUGAUAGAGCCAGCCCUGAACAGAAUGCAUGUGCAGAGUCUUCUGCACAAUGGAUUGUACUGCAUGUGGGCCACAGUGGGAGGGGUGACCUUGAAUGCAUGGGGGCAGACCCAGGUGAACUCAACAACAUCUUCCCCCAGCUGUACAUCUCUGAACAUAUAGAAUGUCAGCCACUUGCACUAAGGUCCCCCCCCCCCGGUUGCUGAACAUUGGCAGCUCUUUGGGGGUCUGCACCUGGCAUUCCAGUUCUUGAUUUCCUUGAAAAAGCUUCACUUCCUUGUGGGUUGCCAGGCAAAGGUGUCUGAAAAACAUCCUCCCUCCAGUGCACCGCUCCUGGCAGACAGAAGGUCUGUCCUGCCACAAUCGGCUAGAGUCCUCCUUUGUGGCAGGAGGGUGAACUGGAUGCCCCAGUCCGCACCCAUUAUUCUGUGAAAUAAGCUAAAGCACCAGUGAAAAGCAGGCACACACACACACACACACACACACACACACACACACACACACCCUAGCAAGGAGCACCUUUGCCUCACAUGCCAUAAAAGUGACACUCCUUCCCCUUUCACCAAGUCCCGCCUGCCUGUUGCUCCCUAAUUGUUCUCAGGGCCUUUCCCACAUUAUCAGGAGUUUUUCCCACUUCUGAUAAAGGGGACCCCUUCCCUUUCUGAAAAAUGGGGCCUAGUUGUUUCCGCAGUGGCAGGUUUCCCACAGUUCCAUGGGCAAGUUGCCAGGGGACGUUAUCAGCUCUUAGCUCUGUGUGUUUCUUUGCUAGAAUGGAACCCAAUAAACAAGCCUUGGAGGCAGGGUACGAGGAGGCAUGAGAAGAAGAAGAAAAAUACAUGAAAGCAGGCAUCGGCUUUUGACUUCAAUACCUACGUAUAAUUGCCCUAAUUCUAGGGUUAAAGGGCUUUUCAAAUAACCACUUGUCCUCCCAACAGCCCUCUGAGGCAAGCCCAUUUUAUAAAUGACAAACUGAGGAUGAGAGGCAGGGACUUACCUGAAAGUGCUCAGUUAGUUUAUGGCUGAAGAGGUGGGAUUUGAACCCAUGUUAAAUCCAGCAUCUUCAGAAGGCCAUAUAAAGACCCAUCAGGAAAGAAGUAUCUGUCUUAAUGUUAUUGUUACAGGUAGGUAGCCGUGUUGGUCUGAGUCGAAGCAAAAUAAAAAAAUUCCUUCAGUAGCACCUUAAAGACCAACUAAGUUUAUAUUUUGGUAUGAGCUUUCGUGUGCAUGCACACUUCUUCAGAUACACAGUUAUUGUUAUUGUUAUUGUUAUUGUUGUUUUUAAAAAGCAUGCAUUAUUGCCCAUCUCCAAAGAGCUCUGGGAAUUGUGGUUUAUGGAGGUGUUGAGGGCUCUGUGGGACUACAGGUUUGCUGCCACGUGGAACUACAAUUCCCAAGGUUCCUUGAGGGGGGAGGAGCCAGAAGGGUCGUUCCAUUCUGCUUUGUAGUACAGUAUAGACGGGUGACAAGGUGUCAUGUGUUGAAGCACUUGAAGCCACGCCCACUCGCCGCCCCCUAUAUACCUGAGGUAGGUUCCUGCUUUCCCCAGCGUCCUCUCCAGGAUGGCUGUUUUGACCCAGAGCCCUUAUCUUUUCCGCCAGGAAAUCCCAGUGAGCCUCCGAGCUGAUGGCACCCAGCGAUACCCCCGAUCCAUCCGCAGUGCCCACACUGUGAACAAGCUGCCAGCUGCGAAGGAGCGCUGGUGCCGGGUCACCUUCUCUUACACCCCAGCAAAGGACGAUGAGCUGGAGUUGUGCCCUGGAGAAGUGGUGCAGAUCUUGGAGGAGAUUGAGGACGGCUGGUGGUUGGGCAAGAAGAACGGGCAGUUGGGAGCCUUUCCGUCCAACUUUGUGCAAGAGCUAAACGGCCUGGCUUCAGAGAUGGUUUUUGCAGAGUCCAAAGUCGGAGCGGGGAAGCAGCGCCCCAAAAUGACCAAUGAGACCUUCGUCCUCAGUGAGCCAGAGAAGGUGGAGAACACCCCAGAGAAGCCUACCCCUCCUCGGAUGCAGGCGAGCCCCAAAGUCCAGGCUCUGCAGACCAGUGACGCUCCUGUCUAUUGCCGAGCCAUGUUUGAUUACGAACCAGAGCAUGAAGAUGAGCUCCUCCUCCGGAAAGGCGAUUUGGUCCUUUUGUUGAGCAAGGAGUCGGCGGAUGUGGGCUGGUGGGAAGGCGAGUCCCGUGGCCGGAGGGGGCUUUUCCCGGACAACUUUGUCAUGCCUCUGGCCCAGGUGGAGCCUGAGAUCAAAGCCAAGGUACCAGAGCGGAGGAAGGACUCCGAAAAAGCUCCAAAGCCAGGGAAGAAGGUCCUCCAAGGUGGCAAGGUGGAGACGAAACAUCCUGGAGACCACAAAGACUCAAAGGAACAAAAGAAAAUGGAAAGCUCCAGGAUGAAUCCUCUUCCGGUCAAGAAGACAGCUCCCCCUCCUCCUGUGCCGGCUAAGACAAAACCUGCCCCCAACCUUCCCCACAAAUCCUUAGGCAUUCCAGUUCCCAGCACAGCAACCCCUGUGGGAAAAGGAAAAUGCAAGGAGAAAACAGCAGAGACCAACACUUUUGAUGCCGUCCUUGUUCCCAGUGCCAAACUGAGCCACCCAACAGCCAGCCGCCCUAAAGUGCCAGGGAAGAGGCCACCUAGCCAGCUGAUGACCAGCUCACUGGAUGAGAUGGGAUCAACCCAGCCCUCGAGCUCCACAGAGAAAGCUAAAGGCCCUGAACUGUUGAAGGAGCAGUCCAGUUACACCAGAGAAGAGCCUUUAGCUCUAACCUGUGAGGCGUCACAAACAGAGGAGCAGCCAGCAUCUCUGGAUGAUCUCAAGGCAGAGCUCCGGUCUCUGAGGACCGUGAUGGACCUGAUGCGUGCACAACAUCGGAAAGACAUGGAGGAUCUGAAGGUGGUGAUGGGACAUGAGCAGACCAAGCGGGCCGCCUUACAGGCAGAAAUUGAAUGGCUGAAGCAGACGGUGCCUGUACCUGGGUCACUGGACAGUAAGCGCCACACACCUGGAAGUGGAGCCAUAGAGCUGGCAGGCCCUGCCAUCCCAUCCUCAAAUACUCCCAACACUCCCUCCGCAAUCUCUACCAAGGACUGAAUGAGUUGCACUGCUGCAACUUCUCUCUCUCGGCUUAUCACUAUUGACCUCUUGGCUGAAUCUGUGCCUUUUUUGGUGGUGGGGAAGGAUACCACUCAGCUUUGCAGCCUGUGGCCUUCCCAUCUCAGCCACAUCCAGAGAACUGUAUUGAUGUGUGACUAGCAGUGCCUGCCGCCACCCAUUUGCACUUUCCUCCUGCCUGCUUCAGGCAGCUGCUCUGUGGCUAAGGACACCUCGGUCACUGGGAUGGUCCAGCAGCAGUUGCUAUGACAAUGCUGCAGUGGGUGUUUGUCAAGUGAAACCAAAGGUGAUCAACACACCUUUCUUUCCUGCCCCCCCCCACCUCCUGUAUCCCCCUCCAUAUUGGCCCACAAACACCAACUAUGGGUUCAGGUCAUUUUUUACCCUCUGAAGCCAGGCCAUGGCUAACCGAGCAGGCUUGUGGCACAUGAAAUUUGGCUUGGCUGCCAUAGCUUCUCCCGCCAAUGGGCUAAGAUGCUUCAGCCACCCAAGAGUUCUUACAAAUCAAGCGACUGCUUUCAUUGGAUGGAGCUAAACUGUUUUGGGAGCAGUUGGUUUCUUUGCAAUGUGGGCAAACGUUUUCAGUCUCCCUUCAGAAGCAGUCAUAUAGCUUGCCAUAGGCUGCACCAACUUUCUCCAACCCUAGUGCCUUCCUACUGCCUUGGACUACAUCACCCUCUGCCUAGCCCUAGGUCCUCCUCUUCUUAAUAUGUCCCAGUGGGGAGCACUAGGUAAACUGCCCAGUCUCUUUCAACUGCCCCAGGGCAGGCAGAGAAGCAUGUCUGAAGAAAUCUGACUCGCUCAUGGACAGUGCCUAAUACAGUAGAUGAAAAUACUCAAAACUCUUUAUGCAUAACUUUUUAACGUUUUAAUUUAAAAUAAAAAUAUUUUUCUAUGCAAUUGGUUGGUUUUCCCUUUUGUGUGUGUGCGCGCUGGGGGCGGGGGAGUAUGUAUAGAGGUUUGGAUCUGGGUGAUGAAUCUUCUGCAAAAAAAACUCCUCCCUGAAUAUGGCUACAAGCCAUGAUGGCUAUGCUCUACA